CUUCCUAGAAAUUGUGUGAAUGUCCAUUCCUAUGGCACGAAACCAAAUACAUUCUACAUGUAACCGGAAUGGAAUCUGCUCCAAUGUCUGCUCUCUUCCAAUUGAUAUCAUAACGAAUACAUACAAAGAUGACGUCCAAGAAAUCCCAAACUACAAUUGAUAACCCACAGAAAGCAAGCUAUGUAUGGAGUCUGGGCAUGUCGAAAACUGGGACUGCAUGUAAACUACCCCUCCAUUAUCCCCUCCCCUCCAGCGAUAUCCACUCAAGUAAACAAAACAAACGAGCAUCUCACUCACAUACUAAUACCACCGGCGCAUAGCAAUCAAAGCCGCCCUCGACCUCCUAAACUACCCCAGCACACACGCAUCCACCCUCUACUCAUCCCCAACCUCACUCUCACAAUCCUGGACCCGUGCCCUCCGCGCAAAAUACCAGCCCGCCAAAUACCCCCAUCUAAAAGCAUACACCACACGCGCACAAUUCGACACCCUACUCUCCCACCCUGGCUCGCAGAAAUACGUCGCGGUGACAGACGUCCCAGCCAUCUGCUUCGCGGAGGAACUUGUCACGCUGUAUCCUGAGAGUAAGGUGUUGCUGGUGGAGAGGGAUGAGGAACAGUGGUGUAGCAGUUUUUAUAAGACGGUUUAUAGGCCGUUGAGUGGGAGGGCGAAUUUGUGGAUUGCGUGGUUGGAUGGAGGGUGGCUUGGGCCGGUUGUUGCGUGUCAUCUUGCGUGGUUGGAGGGGUGGAUGGGGAUUCCUUCUUCGUCGUCGUCUUUAAGUGAAAGGGAGUUGGAGGGGAGGAUGAAGCGGUGUUAUAGGGAGCAUUAUGAGCUUGUGAGGAGGAUUACGCCGAGGGAGAGGUUACUGGAGUAUAAACUUGGUUCGGGAUGGGAGCCGAUAUGUUCUUUUCUGGGUGUUGACGUACCGAGGGAUGUGAGGGGGGAGGAAGUGAUGUUUCCACGUGUUAAUGAGAAGGAGGCUAUGAAGGUGAAGAUUGAUGGAGUUGUGAGAAAGGGACUGUUGAAUGUGUUGAAGAAAGUUGGGAGGUUUGGGGGGAUGGUGAUGAUUGGAUUUUUGGCUUGGUGGUGGGUGCAGUAUAGGAUUAGGAUCAGUUUGCAGUAUGAGUGAUCUGAAACUUUUGGGUAAUUUGUGACUUUGUUGAUAGGAGCUCUAUGUGGAGUCUACAAUCUAAAGUAAUACUGUUCGUGUAUCCCCC